UAGGAAUAUAGGUUAUAGUUUUAUUUAUAUCGUUUGUUAAUAUUUUUUUAGCUAAAGUUUAUAGAAGCAGUAAUUAUUAGUGAUAAGAUACACAUUAUAGAGGUUAGUGUUAGGGUUAUGGUAAUUGCAAAAUGGCCCAUAUUCAUAAGGAUGUCUUAAAAAACUUUUAUAAAGGCUUUAGUGAUGAUCUUAGAGACCCUGAGAGAUGUAGACAACUACAGAAAAAAUAUCAAAAAAAAGUGGCAUGUCUUCGUGAAGAGAUAGAUUUAAACAACGAUUCUUCGUCUAUAGCACAGUCUGUAAGAAACAUUGAAAGUAAUACAGAAAAAAUUAAAACUGUUUUAGAAGAGGCUGAAACGGUAACAAAUGUAUUAGAUCAAUAUUUAGAGAAGUUUCGAGAGCCAGUGGCAUAUUUUGAAUCAAAUUUAGAUAAACUCAAUAGAUUAGAAUGUACACUUCAAUAUUAUAAAGUUUUAGAGCGGAUAGAGCAGUUAAAUGUAGCACUUCAAAAAGAAAUGGCAAAAAAAGAUGAUGAACAGUGUGCAACAAUUUAUGCAAAUCUAUGUGAAAUUAACAGGCACCUUUAUAACUCUACAGCACGUAAUUUAAGGGAACACCUAAAGGAAGUUAUACUACAUUGGCAUAAUAUAUUAAAAGAGAAAUUUACUAAAGACCUUGAAGAGGUGUUAAAAACAGUAAAAUGGCCAUUUGUAAAUGUUAAUCUUUCUUUGCAAGAACCUUCCCAGAAUAAUAUAAAUAAACUGCAGAUUGUAGUUGAGUAUCUUUUGCAAAUUCAACCACCUGAGGAAAUUAAAAUUGGGGAAGAAAAGUCAGGUAUACUUUCUGACUUUAUGCCUUUAUGUUUACCCUUAGAACUGAUGAGUAGCCCUCUUAGGAAACGAUUUUUGUAUCACUUUUAUGGUCCACGAAAGACCAAUCGUGUUGACAAACCUGAAUGGUAUUUCACCCAAAUACUUACCUGGAUUAGAGAUCAUAGUGAGUUUGUUGAAAAAUGGAUUCAACCUGUAGCUGACAGAAUGGGGAUGCACUAUAUUGAUACAAAAAUUGAAUUGAUGCGAGGAUUAAUUCAGUUAGCAGUAGAAAAACUAAAUUCUGACUUACCUACAUUACAGUAUGAUGAUUUCACCUUUUCCCAUAGCAUUGAUGAGGCUUUAGGAUUUGAUAAAGAGCUACGAGAGAGCUAUGGCUAUCCACCAAUUCAACCUGGAAUACUUUGUGUUCUCACACAACCACAAAUAUUUGUUAAAUGGCUAUCAAUGGAAAAAAAAUACGCCACUGAAAAAAUGGAUCUUAUGUUGUCACCUAAUUCUCCAGAAGCUUUUGAAUCAAUUUUAACUGAUAUCGACGACUUUAAAGUAACAACGUGUGCUGACAUGUUUAUAACUUUAUUGCAAACAAUGACUGAUAGAUAUGAAUUAUUACCUCAACCCGGUCAUCGAUUGCAAUUCUUAGAGUUGCAGUUAGAACUGCUGGACGACUUUAGAGUAAGGCUUCUGCAAUUGGUUCAUGCAGAAGAGGGAAACAUAGUCGAAUCCAGAGUUCCCAUGAUUGUCAACACCUUAUUUUAUAUCGAAAACGUAUUGAUAGAUUGGGGAUCAAUGUUACAUUUUUUAAACUUGUUCUACUACAAAAAUCAGUUAAAAGAUGCGGAAUGUAUGAACAACUCAGUGGAUUUUUGUGAUGCAAACGAAGAAAAUGUUUUAACCGAGGUAGACACAGACUCAGUGUUCGCAGAUACGUUAAGUUUAUAUCGUCACAUGCGGAUUGAUUUAAUAUGCAACAUAUCAGAAUCCGUUUUUAUGGAAUGCAGAGCUAGAAGUAGAGACUACAGACACGAAGCGUGGGGCUCAAUUACAAAGUAUAAAGAUAUUCGCAGUUUUUCCUUAACUCCAUCUGCAUGUCCAAUAUUUGAAAUAUUAGCUAUUAGACUACAUCAACUACAAAAGAAAUUAACUAGUAAACUUUUUGCGGCUACAUGGAAAAAUUUGGCAAAAAAAUUGGACGAAUUCUUUUUCGACGAAUUAGUAAUGGAAAACAGAUUCAACGAAGGCGGUGCCUUACAACUUAAAUAUGAUAUAACAAGGAAUUUAUUUCCUCUUUUUUCACAAUAUACGAAUAGUCCAGAAAUUUAUUUUUGGAGAAUGGAGGAAACCUGUUCGCUUUUGAAUCUUUCAAAGGGAUCUGCUCUUUUAUUAAGAGAAACUUUAAUAGCUCUGGAAGGAGCAACAGGAGUUGAAGACCAAAGACCACAGGCAUUAAAGGAAGUUGGUGUGAUCAAUUUUCCUCCAAGAAAAGUUAUUGAAAUAUUAAAUCGACGAACUGAUAUUACAAUAAACAGAUUAAAUACCAUUGAUUAACAAUUAAUUAUUUAUACUGUCAUUUUUGUGAUCUUCCUAAUGUUGUUAAUAUUAGUGGCACAUUUUUAUUGUCUCUUGUUAUUAGGUUUAAGGUACAUCAACUUCUAAAUAUUUCUGCUUCUUAUUUAAAUAACUGAAAAAUGAAUAAAUGGUAAUAUUAAUAACAAAAAAAACUGGUUUGACUAUUAUCCAAUUAUCUUAUCUAUCUUUUUUAAUCGUUAAUGACUUUUUGUGAUUUUUUGACCUUCCAUCUUUAAAUACAUAGUAAAACUAUGGUCAAAAUUUGCAGUAAAUAAAAUCAUUUGCAUAAUAAACAAAAUAAACAAUGAAUUAGUAAACCACCGCAAUGAGUGUAGCAAAGAUUCAAAACGAAGAUACGUUUUUAAAACUGGUAAAUAGCAUUGAACAGCCUUUUAUUUUUUCUGAUAAUGAAUGCAAAAUUAUUGAGUCACAUGUUGAAAAAGUAAUUGAAGAGGCACAGGUUAAAGGAAAAUAUACAAAGUGGACAACUGAUGAAACAUUACUAAGGAAAAAAUAUUUUUUUGGAGAGAGAUAUACUUAUGGCUUUCAAAUUUCUGCAACUAAUUCUAAAAAUCAAAUUACAGAAUGUCUAUAUCCAAAAAACUUCAUAAGUCCUAUUCCAUUGUGGAUAUACACAUACGUAAUAAAUCCUUUAAUUUUAUACGAAAUUCUUCCGCCAAACUUUAUUAAUAGUGUUACAAUUAAUGAUUAUAAACCAAAGGGCUGUAUCGUCUCUCACAUCGACCCCCCGCAUAUAUUUGACAGGCCCAUUCUAUCAGUCAACUUAUUUGCUGAAUCUGCUUUAUGUUUUGGUUGCAAGUUUUAUUUUAGGCCUAUCAGAUGUAGUGAACCUUUUUUAAGUGUACCAUUACCCAGAGGGGUUGUAACUUCCAUAAGUGGAUUUGCUGCUAAUGAAAUUACACACUGUGUAAGGCCAGAAGACACGAAACAACGUAGAGCUGUAAUAAUUCUUCGCAGAGUUCUCCCUUCUGCUCCUCGUUUAACAGAGAAUGAACUUUUGGAUUUACAAAAUUCAUCUUUACCACCCGUUAGUGUUCAGGAGUCGUACUCUUCUUUUAAUUCCCGAAAUAAACAAAAGAUCUAUAAGGGACGCAUCGAAAAACCGGGUAAUAGGAGCAGUGUCAUUAAAGGGUUAAAAUUUAAGAAGGUAUGUCAAGCAAAUAAUAAAAGAUUUCAGGAUUUUACAUUCUCGUAAACUGUGAUUAAAAAAAGACUAUCAUUUUCUAUUUAACAAUGUGUUUU